AAGGAGAAGGAUCGGCAGUGCCGGGGGCUGGAGCUCAUCGCCUCUGAGAAUUUCUGCAGCAGAGCGGCACUGGAAGCCCUGGGCUCCUGCCUCAACAACAAGUACUCUGAAGGGUACCCUGGCAAGAGGUACUACGGGGGAGCCGAGGUGGUGGACCAGAUCGAGCUGCUGUGUGAGCAGCGGGCUCUGGAGGCGUUUGACCUGGAUCCUGCCCGCUGGGGUGUCAAUGUUCAGCCUUACUCAGGGUCUCCAGCCAACUUCGCAGCCUACACAGCCCUGCUGCAGCCCCAUGAUCGCCUGAUGGGGCUGGACCUGCCUGAUGGGGGCCACCUCACACACGGGUACAUGUCGGACAUCAAGAGAAUCUCAGCAACAUCCAUCUUCUUUGAGUCGAUGCCCUACAAACUCGAUGUGAGCCGAGAGGGGCAGGUUCUUGGGGGAAGAGGGGGAAUCUGCUGGCUGAGCUGUUGGUCUCGGUUGACCCCCCAUGCCCCCUGUCUCCAGGUGUGCGAGGAGGUGAAGGCGUAUCUGCUGGCGGACAUGGCACAUAUCAGCGGGCUGGUGGCAGCCAAGGCCAUCCCUUCACCCUUCGAGCACGCGGACCUGGUCACCAGCACCACGCACAAGACCCUGCGCGGCGCCAGGUCAGGACUGAUCUUCUACCGCAAGGGCGUGCGCUCGGUGGACAAGAAGACAGGCAAGGAGACACUCUACGACCUGGAGGACAGGAUCAACUUUGCUGUCUUCCCCUCUCUGCAAGGGGGACCCCACAACCACGCCAUCGCUGCCGUGGCUGUGGCCCUCAAACAGGCCAGCUCGCCAGCUUUCCGCCAGUACUGCCAUCAGGUGCUGAAGAACGCCAAAGCCAUGGCACAGGCCCUGCUGCAGCGCGGUUACACCCUGGUGUCAGGUGGCACCGACAACCACCUGGUGCUGGUGGACCUGCGGCCCAAAGGCAUCGAUGGCGCACGGGCUGAGCGGGUGUUGGAGCUCGUCUCCAUCACUGCCAACAAGAACACGUGCCCGGGGGACAAGAGCGCGCUC